CAUUAAUGGAGCGCACAAAGCUGCAUGCUUUCUCUGAAGACGGAGACGACAUGUUCAAUUCUGACCAGAACAAGGAAGGAUUCGAGAUCCAAGGCAGAAAGUUCUUCUCACAAGGAUGUGUGAAAGGAGAGUCUAAGAGUGGAUCGUCUUUUAGGAAUUAUGACUCGGAUAAUAGUUAUCAUAAUGCAAUUUUGAGGAAAGAGUAUGCCUCUAAUAGUAAUGAUGGGUUUCAGAUUGAAGAGAAAAUGGAUGAAUCUCAUUCUACAGAAGAAAUUUCAGAUGAGGAUUCUUCAAUGAAUUGCUUCCAAAAGUGUUUUAAAAAGAAAAAUAAACCAUUUUGGUUCGCUGGAAUUCUUGCUAUCAGCAUCUUUUUAGAAAGGUUUUGAUUCUUAGUCACUGUAUACAAGACCAGAGAACACGGCUAUGUCCUGAUUUUAUGUGUUGCUUUCUUGAACUCUAUGUUUGCUCUUUUUCAAACCAUAUUAAAGAAAAAGAAGCAUAAAAAGAAUUUAUAUGAGUAUUAUCAGCUAAGAAAGACCCCUAAAGUAGGAAUAUGAAUUUAUAUUUUGAUAUCAGUUUUGGAUAUUUUCUAUGUCUUCUUCCUAUUUUGGUCAGCUAAUACCAUCCCGAUAGCUGCACUGAUAUGCUUACUACAACUGUUCAUCCCCUUCAACAUGAUUAUUCGAAGGUUUUUCUUGAAUCAACCUCAUAAUUUGAUACACUGGAUAUCUGGAAGCCUUAUUCUAAUCGGAUGAGGGUUGUGCUUUGUCAGAGUUUUUCUGUAUGAAUCCCCAGAAGAUCCAGUAAAGUACCUACUCUUCUUUGCUUUAUCAUCUCUGUUGAAGGUAAUAUCUCUGGGUAUUAAGGAAGGUUUGGUAAGGUCGCAACCAAUCAAUAAUGAAAAGUUUAACUUCAAGACUUCAUUAGGUCAAUUUUUAAUAGGAGUAAUACUGACUCCAAUUAUUGUGAACAUAUACACAAGCUCGGACCAAUCAGAAUCUUCCGGAUCUACAUGGCAAAAUAUUGGAACAUAUCUUGCUGAUGGAUUCAGAUGAGUAACCUCAUUCAGUGAGGAUCAGAAAAAUCAAGAGAUUCAGGGUUGCUCCUUUGCUCUAUUUUACAUCCUAAUGUACACUAUCAGCACAUUCCUUUUUCAAAUUGUGCUAAAAGCUCUGCUUGAGAGGAGGAAAUUCUUGAUAAUCAAGAGAGUGUUCUCCUGAACUUUCUUAAUCACACUGGCAUCCUUUGCUUUGGGUUAUCUAGCCAUCCCUGGGCAUCAAUAUUUUGACAAGAUUGUUCUGGUUGACCUUGCUUGCGUAUUCUUUGUAAUGAUUGGGGUCUUCUUUUAUGAUGAAACACCUGCAAAAAUAUCAGUUGAAAAAUUUUAA